AUGAGCCAACUUAGCGCCGUUCAAUUUAAAAAAGCGCUCAUUUCCGGAGCCAACGCUCUGAUUAAUUCCCGCGAUAAAAUUGACGCACUUAACGUUUUUCCCGUUCCCGACGGCGACACAGGUUCGAAUAUGGCGGGAACGGUUAAGUCGGGAUUAAGCGAGAUUGAGAACCAAGAAUUUAAAUCAAUCGGCGAGUUAACUAAGCGUUUCGCCCGGGGCGCUUUGCUAGGAGCCCGAGGCAACUCGGGCGUGAUUCUUUCGCAAAUUUUCAAAGGCAUUUCCGUCGCUCUAGACGGCGUGACCAGCGCAACUAACUUUCAAAUCGUGGAGGCGUUUAUCCAGGCUCAAAAACACGCCUACAAAUCGGUCAUGAAACCAGUUGAGGGCACGAUGCUGACGAUUAUUCGCAUGGUGGCAGAGCACCUAGAAAAAACCGUUACCCACGCCCACACUUUCGGAGAUCUUUUCCGCAGCGCCGUGCAAGAAGCGCGUCGAGCUUGCGAUCUAACUCCCAAUCUUCUGGCGAUUCUUAAGGAAGUCGGUGUGACCGACUCGGGCGGCGAAGGGCUGGUUUUGUUUUUGACCGGUAUUUUGCGGGCUUUGGAAGGUAAACCGGUCGCGCUCCAAAGUCCAAACUGGGAUCAGUCAACUUCAAGCGGCGAGUUUUUGCACGGGGCUAACCAAGUUUACGAGGGCGAGUUUGGCUACUGCACCGAGUGCGUGAUUGAGCUUGAAAAACCGGAAAACUUUGACAAGCGCGCGUUUGAAAACGGUCUGGGCAAGUUGGGCGACUCGAUCGUGGUCGUCCACGACGAAGAAAUCGUCAAAGUCCACGUUCACACGCCGACGCCGGGCAGCGUCUUUAACUACGCUCAGCGCUGGGGUGAAUUUCUCCGACUCAAGUCGGAAAACAUGACGCUCCAAGCUAACCUUUCCCAAGGUCAAAAAAGUCACGUUCCGAGUCGUCUGGGCGAAGACGAUCUGCCGGCUGACCAAGCGAUCGAAGUCAUCUCUUGUAACGAUGGUCACGGCAUUAUCGCCGAAAUGAAAGACUUGGGCGCCCAUGUGAUUGAGGGCGGUCAAACUAACAACCCUAGCACCCGCGAUUUUUUGGCUGCGAUUGACCAGAUUAAGGCCCAAAACAUCAUCAUUUUGCCCAACAACUCCAACAUCAUUCUCGUCGCUCAGCAAGUGAUCCAAACGAUCCGCGAUAAGAACAUCAUCAUUAUUCCGACCAAAACACAAAUGGAAGGGAUCACGGCCAUGCUUAACUUUGACAAGACUAAUUCGCUUGAGGAAAACCAGGAGUUAAUGCUCGAGGGCGUCGAAGAAGUUUUGACUGGCCAAGUCAGCAUCGCCAUUAAGGACAGUAAACUUAACAAAGUUACCAUUAAAAAAGGGCAGUACCUAGCGAUCGCUGAGCGCAAAGUGGUGGCAGCGGUUAAAUCUAAAGUUGAGGCGGCUAGCCGGAUCGUCGACAAACUGGUUAACGACGACACGGAAAUCAUCACCAUCUGGUACGGCGCCGAUGCGACCGAAGCCGACGCCCAAGAAGUAGCCGUCUACGUGGAAAGUAAGUACAACGCGGUGGUGGAAAUUAAAAAGGGCGGACAACGUAUCUACGACUUUUUAAUUUCCUUUGAGUAA